UUGAUAUACAUAAUUAAAAAGAAUCAUGGUUACAAAUAUUAUUUUAAGGAAUUGGAGGAAUUUACAUUCCAUUAAUUGUUAUACUAAAUGGAGUAAAUCAAAGUAUUUCAAGCAUAUUGGGACAGGAAUUUUAACAGGAUUUGCUGUUUACAAUGUAUCUAACAUCACUACAGUCCUGGCAGUGCAAAAUGAUUUGCGCAAUUAUGUUAAAACCUUUAUGGCAGAACCUAUCACAGCUGUUGAAAAAUUACAGAAUAAUCAGAACAAGAUGAGGACAAAAAUGGAAUUACUGGUAAUGAAAACACAGGCAGAUUUUUGUAAAGCUCUUGAAUUGCUGGAGAACAAUAGAUCCUCCUUCAAAGUGGAUCGCUGGUUUAGAAAAGAAGGUGGUGGUGGUAUCACUUGCGUGUUGCAAGAUGGGCAAGUAUUUGAGAAAGCAGGCGUUAAUGUUUCUGUGGUGACUGGAAUAUUGCCACCGAAUGCUAUCCAACAGAUGAGAGCACGUGGUAAAAAGAUGGAAGACUCAGUACCAUUCUUCGCUGCAGGCGUGAGUGCUGUAAUUCAUCCACGCAAUCCUAUGAUUCCUACAAUUCAUUUUAAUUACCGUUACUUCGAGGUAGAGAAUCCGGAUGGUACUACUCAAUGGUGGUUCGGAGGCGGUACGGAUCUUACUCCGUACUAUCUGGAUGAGAAGGAUGUUAAACAUUUUCAUGAUACGUUGAAGGUCGCGUGUGAUAAGCACGAUCCUACCUACUAUGCCAAGUUUAAGAAGUGGUGCGACGAUUACUUCUACAUCGUACAUCGUGAGGAACGGCGUGGUGUGGGCGGCAUAUUUUUCGACGACCUUGAUAGCCCAAGUCAGGACGAGGCAUUUCAGUUUGUAACUUCGUGCGCCGAGGCAGUUAUUCCAUCAUAUAUUCCCUUGGUGAAGAAACACAAAGACGACGGCUACGGAUAUCAUGAGAGGCAAUGGCAAUUAUUACGACGAGGUAGAUACGUCGAGUUCAAUUUAAUUUAUGAUCGGGGCACCAAGUUUGGCCUAUAUACACCUGGCGCUCGAUACGAAAGCAUACUGAUGUCCCUGCCCUUGAAUGCCAAAUGGGAAUACAUGCACAAGCCCAAAGCCGGCUCGAAGGAAUCGCAACUUUUGGAAGUAUUGAAAAAUCCGAAAGAUUGGGUAGAUGGGAUUAAAUCAGACGGCGUGCAAACAUAGGUUGAAUAUACGUUCAAAAUAAUUUCUAAUUGGGAAUAAUUAUGGGAAAAUGCAAAAGGUAAUAUUACAAAUAUAGAUUAUUAUUUUAAUACAUGAACGAGAUCCAAAAACGAGACGUCUAAUGACGUAAUUUUGAAAGUUGAGAAUUUAUAGAUAUACGAAUUUUCAUUAGAUACUUAUGUUCGAAUUUUGAAUAUUAAUUAUAUUCAAUAUCACAGUUAUGUGGAUCCGAUGCUUCCUUGAAAUGUCAGGUGUAAAAAUAUGUUGUAAAUAAUUGCAUAUAAAAUAAA